AUAGACAAGGAAGUGAAGGGAAGAGAAGAAAUGAAGAGGAGGAAGAAACAAAAGAGACAAUGAGUAGCAGUGGUCCAAAACAAUGAGAGAGAGAGAGAGAGAGAGAGAGAGAGAGACCGUCACUGCCCUACAUUCCAUAGAUGAAGUACCAUAUCGGGCUUGGAAUGGCGGAGUGGGAAUACUGGAAUGCCUUGGAAUUAACACAAUCCAGGAGGAGCAAUGGAGACUGAGACAAGUACUGAGACAAUGACUGAAACGAGCAUCGAGACAAGCACCAAGGCAAGCACUGAGGCAGCCAGCAGUGACCAGACGUUCACUGCUAACCUGUGCCCUGAUGACGAGACCCAGGCUAUAACAGUGGAGGACAUAACUGAGAUGAAGACAGUGUUUGCAUGUGGCGAGGACAGCAACCACAGCAACUACAGCAAUCACAGCAAUCACAGCACCGCAAUGGCUGAUGACACACUCUCCCCUGACACAUCCCCCAACACACCCUCCCCACAAGUGCAGCCGCAACAGGGAGGUGCGGUGUCCUGUCACUUGUGCAAUAGGGUGUACAAGAACAAAGGCAGCCUGGCCACACACCUGCGGGUUAGGCACAAGCAGAGUGUCACCACCCAUAGCAAGAUGCCGUGUCUGGAGGAAGGCUGUGACUAUCGUGGGAGUCGCAUCGCUCGCCUCAUGACGCACCUCAUCCAGGAGCACCAGAUGAAGUUCCAGUGUGAGAAAGUAACGUUUCAGAAUAAAGAGGAUUUUUGGAAGUGGCGGAAGGAGGCUGAGGAAAGGUGCCACUCCUCGUACUGUGCCCGGACUUCCGCCAAGACGAUGGUGUCCGGUGAGAUGAAGUUCUUCCUGUGGUGUCGACGCAGCGGCUACGACAAGUACCAUUCAAGGGUGAUGGUGCAUGGUGGGCAACGGAAGCGGAGUGUCAAGAUAAACGCAGUGUGCACGUCCUUCAUGGAGGUGACCUUUGACACGGCUGGGGGCGCCACGGUCCACUUCUGCCGGACGCACUACGGCCACGCAAAUGACGGCCAGCACCUACGGCUGAACGCUGAGGAACGCGAAUCCAUCCGGCAGUUGAUCCAGGAGGGGCAUGGCGCAUCAUCCAUAAUCACCACCAUGAAGACACAAAUGCCACAGCACCGCCACCACCUCCUCAAGUACGGUAACAUCCGCGGCAUAUACAUCCGGCAGACUCAAGGUAGUGGCUUGGUGGAGAGUGACCAGGAGACUUUUCAGGAUGCAGUGGUGAACGGAGACCAAAAUUCCCUCACUUCUCCCCUCCAGCAGCCUCACAGUACAGACAUGGCGGAGAGUGACCAGGAGACUUUUGAGGAUGCAGUGAUGAACAGAAGACAAAAUUCUCUCACCUCUCCCCUCCAACAGCCUCAUAGUACAGGCGUGGUGGAAGGUGGCCAGGUGAUCUAUCAGAAUGUAGUGAUGGGUAUAGGAAGCCAGAAUUCCCUCACCUAUUCCCUCCAGCAGCCUCAAUGUACAGGCAUAGUGGAAGGUGGCCAGGUGAUGUAUCAGAAUGCAGUGGUGAAUGAAGGAAGCCAGGAUUCCCUCACUUAUUCCCUCCAGCAAGCUCAAGGUAGUGGCAUGGCGGAGUGUGGCCAGGUGACAUAUCAGAAUGCAGUAGUGAAUGAAGGAGACCAGGAUUCCCUCACCUUGGAAGUGGAGAAAGAGGUGGAGGUGGAGGCGAUAGACAGACAGCCCUCCGAUACUUCAGAGAUUCUAGACUUAGACCAACUCCAGGCAUGCAGCGUGGAAAGCCUAAAAGCAGAGGUGAAAGCAAAGAUCGAGAGAGCUUUCCAUCUUGCUUCCUCUGUGACAAAUGAGGAGACGCUAAAGUAUGUCAGUGAAAAUCUUGACCAUCUGACUGACUUGCUGGAGAGAAGUAGAGGCAUUGAGGUGGUAUCCGAGGCCAGCAAGCCAUUAGCGUCACAGGACACUGGGCAGAAUGUGGUGCUGCAUAAAGACAUUGAUGGAAACACACAUCUCCUUCUCUGCUCAUCCGAAAGUAUUGAUAACCUGAUGUGUAAAGAGGAAGAUGCUGCGUGAUGUACAGUGUUGUUAUAUCAAUUUACAGUUACUAUUUUUAUUUUACAAAGGGAAAGAUGUGACUUGAAGGAGGAUUUUGUAUGCAGGAAAAAGAGAGAGAGAGAGAGAGAGAGAGAGAGAGAGAGACAGUAUGAAAUGUAAUGUUUUGUAUUUUUAUAUUGAUUCCAAUUUUUACAAAAAAAAAUAAUAUACUCACCAAAAAAGCGUAUGAAACUUUUUUUUAAUCCUCUUUCCUUAUUGCAGAGGGAAAGAUGGGAUUUGAAAGACACACGUACACUCACAUAAAACUAAAUAAAUGUGAUAUGUAA